UGGAAACCAAACUAUAUACAACGGCUGCUCUGCCUUUUAGCUGCUUCGUUUCACUGACACGCUGAGCUUCACUUUGAUUUUUGGAUGCUGUAUUUAGUUCCAACAUGAGCAGCGAUUACUACGAGACUCUGGAAAUUAACAGAGACGCAAAAGAUGCGGAUAUCAAAAAAGCAUAUCGACGUCUUGCGUUGAAGUUUCAUCCGAGCAGCAACAGAAAUCCUGGAAGCAGCGAGAAAUUCGUUCAGCUCGGUGAAGCCUACGAUGUUCUGAGCGACCCUCGAAAAAAGGCAACCUACGACAAGUUUGGUGAGGAGGGUCUAAAAGGUGGCAUCCCACCUGAGUUUGGCAGCGGUGGAGCCUGGUCAUCAAAAUAUGUCUACCACGGGAAACCAGAUAAAACAUUCAGGCAGUUUUUCGGAGGCGACAACCCGUUUGCAGACUUCUACACAAAUGAUGCACCGAUGCAGCUGGGAAGCCUGCAACCAGCAGUGGUGAAGACACAGGAUUCUCCAAUAGAGAGAGACCUUCAUUUGUCCCUGGAUGACCUCUUCCACGGAUGCACAAAAAAGAUUAAGAUAUCUCGACGGGUUAUGAAUGAGGAUGGAAACACGUCAAGUAUAAGAGACAAGAUCCUGACUAUAGCUGUAAAGCCUGGGUGGAAAGAAGGCACAAGAAUCAUUUUCUCCAAAGAGGGAGAUCAGGGACCAAACAGCAUCCCUGCAGAUAUUGUGUUCAUAGUGCAACAGAAGAGUCAUCCGAUGUUUGUAAGACAACAGAAUAACCUGAUCUACAAAGUGAAGAUCUCUCUGGAGAUGGCGUUGACUGGCUUCUCUGUGGAUGUGCAGACACUAGACGGCAGACUGCUCAGCAUUCCUAUCAACGACGUUGUGCACCCUACGUACAAAAAAUUGCUGACUGGAGAGGGAAUGCCGCUGUCCCAGGAUCCUUCCCAGAGAGGAGACCUCAUCAUCACUUUUGAUAUCCAGUUCCCUGAGAAGCUCUCGGCUGAGAGCAAACAGCUGAUCAAACAAGCUCUAGCAUUUAAAACUUGAUCCCGUUUGCAUCAAUAGCUGAUGUCAUUUCAAUUCAAUUCAAUUCAAUUCAAUUUUAUUUAUAUAGCGUCAAUUACAGUCAACUCGUCUCAAGACGCUUUACAGAACCCAAAUGCCUGACCCCCAGAGCAAGCCCAAAGGCGACAGUGGCAAGGAAAAACACCCUUUUAACAGGGAAGAAACCUCGAGCAGAACCCGGCUCUCUCGGAUUUCUGUCAUUAAAGAGAGGGAUUGAUAUAAUCUGGAAUACUUUGAAAUAUACCUUGAGAGACAAUAAAAAUAAAGAUAAUUUUAUGCAACACA